UAUUCGAGUCGUUUCGCACGAGAACAACGCACGCUAAAAUCGUUCAUUCUAGUUUUGCAUAUUCGCGCUUCCGCCCGUGUACAUACAUAUAUAUAUAUAUGUGUGUGUGUGUGUGAAUAUAUAGAUACGCAUGCAUACGUUUCUUUCGUAAUUUCUGUUCACACCGUGCUCCGGCGAGCCUCUUCAUAAUAAGCAUUCUUUGUCGCUGGCACAUUUGCUUUGAACUUGAACCGAUUGCCCGCGUGGCCGCGGCUGCAGCACGUCGUUGGUGAUCGAGUUCCGUAAAAGGGCGGAUUGCUUAAAGUGCAUUUGAAAAAUGUUUGUGACAAAUUUUCUUUCUCUCACACUGACGCUGUUUCAUCUCUAUGGAAUUCUUAUAUAAUGGACAUUUUCUUCGCUAAUUCAUUAAUUUGAGACAAAGUGUUUUUUUUUGCAAUUAUUUUACAAUCAAAAAGCAUGGUUCAUUUUCGACGCAAGCUCUUAUCGCACGGAGGUCUUCUCCGGCAGUUAAAGCAACAUAUCAGGUGGAGUUCGUCGUUGAAAAUUAGAAACGAUGAAGUGGUCAGUCCUGACCGUUCAUUCAAGUAUGCCGAUCUCUCGGUUCGGCUGGCUGCUCCACACCAACUUCAUCCGAAGCCCGAAGUUAGUGCCUUGAGCUUUGGAAAAUACUUCACCGAUCAUAUGCUGAAAGUAUUUUAUUACGAGGCACUGGGUGGCUGGCAAACACCUGAAAUUACUCCGUUAGAAAAUCUUGUACUUCAUCCCGCCGCGAAAGUCCUCCACUAUGCUGUCGAACUCUUCGAGGGAAUGAAGGCAUAUCGAGGUGUUGAUGGAAAAAUCCGACUUUUCAGGCCUGAUUUAAACAUGGACCGCAUGAAUGCUUCUGCAUUGAGGUCCGGGCUGCCAACAUUCAAUAGUACAGAACUCAUAAACUGUAUCAACAGAUUAAUCAGUAUAGAUCAGGAGUGGGUACCCCAUUCAGAAGCAUCUAGUCUCUACAUUCGUCCAACUUUGAUUGGAAUCGAUCCUACUUUGGGCGUUGCCUCGUCGGAAUCAGCUCUCUUGUAUGUUAUUCUCUGUCCUGUCGGGUCUUACUUCAAAACUUCUUCUGAGCAGGAAGGUGUUUCGCUACUUGCAGAUCCUCGAUAUACACGAGCAUGGCCUGGUGGCUGUGGUGAUCGUAAAAUGGGAAGCAACUACGCGCCAACGAUUCAAAUACAAAGAGAGGCUCUAGAAAAAGGCCUACAACAAGUACUGUGGCUUUAUGGUGAUGAUGACCAAUUAACGGAGGUCGGGACCAUGAACAUUUUCAUGUUUUACAUCAAUGAAAACGGCGAGAAGGAAUUGAUUACGCCACCAUUGAACGGACUGAUCCUACCAGGCAUCACAAGGCAAUCUAUUCUGACGUUGUCUAGAGAAUGGGGUCAAUUUAAAGUCAGUGAGAGAGUGAUCACUAUGCAAGAAGUCUGUCGCCUGUUAUCUGAGAAUAGGUUACUGGAGCUUUUUGGAGCUGGUACAGCAUGUGUAGUUAGUCCCAUUUCAUAUAUCAAAUACAUUGACCAGGGACUACAUAUUCCAACGAUGGAGCAGCCAAACCCAGUCUUCAAAAUGUUUUUGAAACAUUUGACUGAAAUCCAAUAUGGAUAUCUGCCAAAUCAUCCCUGGGCAUUCCCACUGGAUUAAAAUAAGUGACUGAAUAUACAACGAUCCCAAUGAACUUUCCUGUUUUGUACGCAGUUGGAAAUUGUUACAAAACAAAUCCUGGAUCUUGUAUUUUCAUGAUUGAAUUCCCAACAAUAUGUCGAAUGAAUACCAUGAGUUUUAACCAAUUGGUGUUACAGACUAGGGUUCACGUUUUUUUCUUGUAAAAUUAGAUAGGAUUUCAUAAUGUGAUAUAAAAAAAAUUGUUUGAUUUCCAACUGAUUUUAUUUAUUUGUGAUCGUUAAUGCACGAUAAUUUGUUUUUAAAUCUUAGAUUGAUUUUACAAUGUCAAAAUAUCAUCAGACUAGAUAGACAAGUUGAUCUAUCCCUGCUGUUACGUAAGCUUGAUAAUGUUGUCUCAGUUACUUGUACAGCACAUGUCUUGCACCGUUUUGCAAGAAAUUAUGAGAAUAUGUGAGUAAAUGCAAUGUUAUAGAUAUACUUUAAAUUAAGUGCAAUGUUAACUAGGUCAUUUUAAUUUUACAUUAAGUACUUUUGUAUAAAUACAUGCUUUGAAAGAAUAGAGAUUGAAACUGAAAACCUGAGUGAGGAGGCAGAAUCUGAGAAUUCAAAUUUAACACUAUUAUCAAUGACGUAGUAAUUCAUUGCAGUAUUUAUUUUGUUGAUGGAUGAAUUUGAAAUUGACUGAAUAUUUUUGGAAAAUGACGUUGAUGUAGGGUACAAAUAAAUUGAUUUUAGCGUUGUAAAAUAA